AUGGCCAACCCACGAGUAGAAGAACUCCCUGACGACGAGGUCCCAAAGACCACCGUCGAAGACGCCGGCGAGAGCUCCGAAUCGGAAGCCGAAGCUGGCGAAGAGCCAACCAUCCCCGGCGGCGCUGCCAUCACCGUCCACUCCCGCAACGAGAAGAAGGCCCGCAAGGCAAUCGGAAAGCUGGGAUUGAAGCACGUCCCCGGAAUCACUCGUGUCACUCUCCGCCGCCCCAAGAACAUUCUCUUCGUCAUCAACCAGCCAGAUGUCUACCGCUCGCCCUCCAGCAAUACCUGGAUCAUCUUCGGUGAGGCCAAGAUUGAGGACUUGAACUCCCAGGCCCAAGCGUCUGCCGCCCAGCAGCUCUCUGCCGCGGAGGCCGGAAACGGAGAGCACGCGGGCCACGAGCACAUCGAUCUCGGCAAGGGAAAGGCUGCUGAGACUGAAAAGAAGGAGGAAGAGGAAGAAGAGGAGGGCGAGACUGACGAGACUGGUCUUGAGGCGAAGGAUAUCGAAUUGGUCAUGGCCCAGGCCAACGUAUCGAGGUCAAAGGCCAUCAAAGCACUUAAAGAGAACGAUAAUGAUAUCGUCAACUCUAUCAUGGCGCUGAGCAUAUCAGUUUGGGCCAAGACUCGCGACAGUGGGUCACGUGACUCGCCAGCCGGGCUUCUGGCAACAAUCUCUCUCGUUCAACGUCUGGCUAAUCGGUAUCACCCUUCAACCACCACGCACACUCCACACAUCGUCGCAAUGGCUGUAGCACGCAGCGCAGCUCUCAAACUCGACUGGGCCAAGGUCUCCGCCUCCCUCGGUCUCCGAGGAGGCACCGCCGCUUCCCUCCAGGCGUUCAAGAAGCGCAACGACGAUGCCCGCCGCAAGGUGCAGACUCUCUCCGAGGCUCCGCAGGACAUCGACUUUGCACAUUACCGCGGCGUCUUGAAGAACAAGGCCAUCGUGGACGAGAUCGAGAAGCAGAUGAAGUCUUUCAAGCCCCAGACCUACGACGUCAGCCGGCAAUUGAAGGCCAUUGAGGCAUUUGAAGCACAGGCCGUUGCGAGCGCCGAGGCUACAAAGGGCAAGGUUGAAGAGGAGUUGAAGUAUUUGGAGAAGACGUUGGAUAACAUCGAGACCGCCCGGCCAUGGGAAGAGCUCUCUGUGGACGACAUUGUCAAGGCUCAACCCGAGAUCGAGAAGAAGACCGCUGAGUUGGUGAAGAGGGGUAUCUGGGUGCCACCAGGCUACAAGGAGAAAUAUGGCGACCUCUCCUUCUUAUAA